AUGUUCGUCUCGAGAAAUCGAGAAGUACGAAUUUCAUCUCGAGACGAGAUCGAGUCUCGUGACACCCUGAUACCCUGGAGCGAAAACCGCGUUAGGUCGGUUGCUGGGUGCAGAGGGUCUAUGUAACACCUUCGCACCUCAAAAUUUUCGUUCUUCCGAGAACAUAUACUAAAAUUGGAACAAUACAGAGAAGAUUAGCAUGGCCCCUGCGCAAGGAUGACACGCAAAUUCGUGAAGCGUUCCAAAUUUUUUGUCGAAUUUACAAUCUUCCAUAAUGCGAUUCAUUCUGGAAAGAAAAAAGUAGAGAUGUAGUUGAACUGUUUGUAGGAAAAGGAUGUUCUCGGACAGGAUCAAUCACGACGUCAUCAGGGACUGGAAGAGCCUGGAAGCCGUCGUCGGAAAGAAGACGCCUCAGUGUUUUUAUUAAUUAUUUCGGCAAAUAAACUCGAGCUAAGUCAUUUUCGCGAUCCUGCGACAUCGUCUCCAGAACUGAAUGAGGAUCGUCAUGUUAGAAAGGAGGCUUGCCAUGGAGUCGCAGGAAAAUCGGUUAAGAGAGAACCUUCGAAGUCGUUGAACGAUUGGACUUGUUCGAAUAUUGAUUUUUCAGAGUGCAGCGAAAAAUGUGCGACCUCCGGUCAUCUACAACCAAUAGAGUAAUUUCUUUUAAAAAGGUGACUUCACCGGGUGGAGAAUGUCUCUAGAAUUUUUACUUAUUAAUCAUUUGAAUGUUAUCUACACCGUAGCAAAAGUUUCAAUUAUGUUCAGACUGUUUCUGUAAUAGAGAAGGCUCUUCAAGCUCUAAAAAUUUUCGAUAGCUCACUCAGAUCUUCAAAAAAAAAUUUUUUUUUUUGAUUUAUAGUCUUAUUUCUCAAUAUAUAGUUUUUCUGUCAGAGGAAAAAAAAAAACGUUUCAACUUAUAUUUUUGAAGAGAAAAAAAUAUGGAGGUUUUGUUUUUUUGAAUUUUUCUUCGAAAGGCGUAUAAUUUAGAUUGAUGUUUUUCUUUCCGUCCAAUAAAUUCAAUUUUUUUUAGUAUUUGGUUUUGUAUAGAAUGAAUGCCUUUUGAUUUCAUAACAUUGAAUUCUAUCAGGGCUCCCCACCACGACCACGAAGGCUUGCAUUUCCCAAACCAGUGGAACCAGCAAAACAAAAAAGUCCAAAAUUUUCAAAGUCGCGGGCAAGCGCCUCUUUCAAUAAGUUUUGCACUCCGAAAAACGGAGAAUCUCCUUUGAAAACUAAAGGUACGAGCUCAUUUUUCAAAAAAACCUGCAAAUAGCAAAAACUUUUUUAGAAUCUUUUGAAAAUCUGCCAAAAGUUCCAUCUGUGAAGAGAAAAGUUUCUUCGGGAUACCUUAAAGAUGAUGAAGAUGAAGAUUGGAAGAAGGCGGUAGAGUGGUCGGAUUCCAGGUUAUAUCGAACCCAGCAAUCAUAAUUUUUCCAACUUCAAGUCGGAGGAGAAGUCUGAAAACAGAUAAGAAUUAACUUUGUUUGAAGAGAAAUUUUAAAAUUAGGUUUGACCUUGGUAAUUUUCUUUUAUAGCGAAUUUUUGUCUGUUCCAUAAAACGUAAAACCUUGUUGAUAAAAUAUCACUUCAUUCUUUUUCAGAUCUACUUUUACUAACUGGUCACUCCUUCAGUGCUUUCAGACCUCCGACCUACCUUUCCAUGAUCCGGAGAAUGAACACUUCAAUGCCGGCGCUCUACUUGCAGGAACACUCGGAUUUGUCUUACCAAACUGUGGCUGUGCAACUUCUGGUUAAGAGCAUGAAUGGCGUUAGGGUUUGCCACUCGAAUUCACUCCAACUAACGGAAUUUUGUUGAAGAUUUUCGAACCGCAAAAGACUCUCGAAGAUGAAGACCAUAAAAGAGCCAAUGCUCAGACUGCAAACAAUAAGAUGGAAUCUCGUCCUCCUCCGGUGAGUUUUUCUCAAUAUAUUUUUCAAAAAUCCUCUUCUAAUUAUAGGUAAUGUCUCGUUUGCUGGAUCAAACUACCAAUUUUUCGAACGAAGUUCUGUCGUGCACGGUGAUUGCUGGCGGGGGAGGCGAUCAGACUGCCUCCAGGAAGGGUAAAAAUACUCCAGAAGGUUUUCUGAAAGUUAUCUCUGGCUUGGUAUGUUUUCCAGAGUAUCCUGUUUUUUUUUUUUCAUUCGAGAAACCAUUUUUGUAUUGUUAGUUUCGAAGUUGAAGCUCGAAAUUUUUUUUUUUAUAUUUUUCCGGUUCAAGAUCACUGACCGAAAACUUUAACGCAUAGCUAUGAUUUAUCGAAAGAACUUGGCAAGUUUGAAAUUAGUUGAUGACGGUGUUGGGAAAGAAAACUAAAUAAAAUCAGACAGGAGUUCGAAUUUCUUUGGUUAUUCUUCCUGAACUAUUUGAUUUUUCUUUGGAAUGAAUACAAAGCAAUGUUUUCUCUAUUAUCUCGAAGGGUUUUUUUUUCACCUGCCGAUAACUCUAUUCUUAGUUUUUCUUUUUUUCCCAUUGUUUGCAUUUUGAAGACUCUCAUAACAACGUACUGAACUGCUCGGCGGCGCUGGACAAUCAACGAUAUUUGGAACCAAGUAUAUUUGAGCUUAGAAACGACCACGUUUUUGGCGCCAUCAAGUAACUAUUGCGUAGAAACUCUUCAAAAUGUUUUUUUUUUCUCAGUCUGGAAGACGUUGAGGAAAACGCGCAGGGAUCGAUGCCUACACCAGACUUGGAAAAGUCAGAUUUUUUCCCUAAGCUUAAUUGUUGCUUUUUUGUUUAAGAGCAUUCAACCAAACAAUUAAUGAUGCCGUCAAUCGACAUCUUGGAGAUACCUUGCGUUACUUAUCGAAAGCCACUAAGACAUCGAGAGCCAAAAAGAAGAAUCUUUUGCAAGGGUCUUCCAUCAGCGAACCUGCUCCGUUGCUACAGUCGACGCCUGUAGGAAAUCGUGCAAGGCAAAAGAAAAAAUCAAAUUUUAUUUUUGAAGGUGACGAAGACAAUAGGUUUUCUAGUCCGCGGUACUGUAAAUGGUAUCGAUGAGAAGACGGCAGCUAAGGUGGCUUUGAGAACCGAAGUUUUCGAUAGGAAAAGUUAGCGAGAACGAGACUUCUUUUGAAUUCUCAUGUUGAAUUAAUUAAUUAAUUCCAAGACGAAAGGUUUUCCGAUUUGAACGCCUGUAAAGCUUGAUAAGAUUGAAUGGACUUCAAAAUUAGUUGAAUAAACGAAUACGAACACUUCAUAUUUUAGAUUAGCGCUUAGCCAUUUAAAAGAGAGGAAAAAUCACAUUUAUAACAAAGAAAGGAUGCGAGUAAAAACAAGACAAAUAUACUAUUGACCCCAAGAUGUAAUGUAUUCUUUUUCAUUUCAAUCUAUCACACCCGCAACAAUAGUCACUUAUUCUUCAUACUAAACAUUUGUAAACAUAAAACAUCAAAUGACCUUGAAGCGAAAGUUUUUUUUUCAAUGGAAUGGAAUCUCAAUCAAAAGGAUUAGGUGGUGAUCGACGAUCCUACGUUGGAAGAGGAGAGUCCGUCAGCGAAAGUCGAAGACGUUGGAUGGAUGGGCGGAGGCGGCGUUUCCCGCCUCGGUAGCUAUAUUUAUUCUCCUGGUUGGCCCUGUAGAAACCUAGCAAAGAAAGAUUUUUCUCAGAGCCGAUCAGCAGUUCGACGGUCCGUAGGUCUGGAGGCUGGGACGUCAGUCAACAACGAGAAAUAGUCAGAAAUGUCGAGCCGACUUCAAGUUUUCCCCAUCAAUUGCCUUCUGAAAAACUUUCGUAUCCUUCUGGAAUCGGAGACGGUUUGAAAAAGACAUGAUAAUUCGAUGAAAUUAAUUGGUUCAUAUGAAAUACAAGAUUGAACUUGACUCUUGAUAAGAGAGUGUACCAUAAAAUUGAAAGAAGGCGUUUCUAAAAUGAUGAACUGUCCUUUUUUCUUUUCUUUUUUUUUCGUGGUUAGACGCCUCAGAGUUGUAGACUAGACAACCAUCAAAAAUAAGUUUGCAAAUUCUAAAUUCUAACAGAAAAAGAAGGAUGAAAAAGUUGAAACGCCUUUCCUUAUAAGGAAGCUCCUAUGCAACUUUAUCAAAAUAAGUCGGCUUAUUGAAUUAUUUAGUUGGGCAUGUUGACGGGAACGUCGAUAUGUCGAUGGACGAUGAAGUGAAUCGGGUGCAAAUAGAACCGAAUUCCCGCGAUUUGGCUCCAGUGACUACUGCCUCACGCGAGCCUUUCUCUCAUCGAACCAUCGUCCAUGACAAUUUUUGUUUUAAUAGAGGUCGCCCAUUUCAAUCAACAUUCUUUUGCACGACUAGCGAAGAAUAUUGUAUUUAUUUAACGCAAUUUUUUUCCCGAUAUCUCCUCACUAGAGCUGCUAGUGAAUCGGCUCCCGUAGCGAACCCGAUUUUUCUCAAUUAGUCUACUAGCUUUUUUUUCACUUUUAUGAAUUAGUAGACCGUUACUGAAACAUUUUAGGGUCUUUCAUCGAGAGGCGAGCGCCUUUGUCGAGCUGGCUGCAGACAGAGUAUCCUGACGCGGAGAUUCCACGGCCCCAGUCGACGCAGAGCUGUCUUCGUAAGUAUUUCUAUUAAUUUUAACCAAGAUGUUAUGAAUUAAUUGCUUUCAGAAGGAUAAAUUACGCUUUUUCAAACUUCUGGAAAGUUUUCCAUUAAAAAAAGACGUGUAUUGUAGUUAUCUCUAACAUUAUUCAAUUUUUUCUCUGGUUGGGAUUAAUUUUAAACUCAUUCAUUAACAUUUUCGCUUACCGUGAAGAGAAAUAGAGCACAGGGAACUUUUCAAGAGAACGAAUGAGUCGUACCUUUUUUAAGGAAUUAAACGAGGUUUUCGUUAUUCAGUUUUGUUUUUUUCUAGCUGGCGCUAUAUUUCUGGACGAUCUAUAUUCAAGCCAACGGAUCCAAGAACAUUCGAGGAAGCGCGCAAUCGCCGAGAUCCUGCAAGAACGAGCGGCGGUCCCGUCUCCAGACACGAGCGAUUUGUUGAGGCUCCGCAAUGAUCCGGAAAUCAAGAGGUACGUCAUUCAGAGGUUUUCCUAGUGAAAUUGGAUUUUUGUGUGAAAAAUACAUAUAAUUGGGAACAGGUGUCAAAACUUGAAAAAAAAAGGUUAGUGUUAGGAAGACUGAGUUUUUUUCACCCUGAUGGUUGAAAGCAAAAAAAAAAUGUUCUGUAAAUUAUAUUCCAAUACUACGAAACGAUCACAUAGCUUAUAGCUGUUUGCCCUUAUGGUCUGAACUUUAAAUUCGGCGUAUACCUGAUCUAUCAGAUCGCGUGAGCCGAUCUCACGAGCUUUGCGUAGUGAGACUCAUUCCCAGCUGUUCAAAGCUCUUCGGUCGACGCGACUGAUCAUCAGAUCGGUCGGGGUCCUGUCGGAGUCAGACAGGAUCCUGCUGAGAACCAGGAGAUCUCGUUCACCUUGUUCGAAGCAAAAAUCGGAUCCAACAUGGAACCGAGGUCUGAGGCCCUGUGCUACACAACCCACAGGGACCGCGCUUGAACCAACGGAGACAGAUAUCCGUAAAUUAAGCGAAAGUGGAUCCGUGAAGGAACCAAGGUCCGGGGUCUCACUGACAGUCAAAGUCACUACCCGGACCAGAGCAACAAGAACUUGUUGAUCCCAAAUAGGACCAAUUCUGGAACUCCGAAGUAAAUUUCGUCGAGAUCCGGGUCCUCGGGAACGAAUCAGGCAAGAACAAAGAAAUUUGUCAACCUGAGAAAGACCAGUUAAGGUUUCCAGUAAGCCGUUGGUUAUGCCUAUAUCAGACACGAGGCGAUUGGCGAACAGGAAGUGCAAUCCUGAACUAGCCAGAUGCAUGUCACCUUGAGAAACCAGGGUUCGACUAGAAUCUUAUGAAAGAAUGCAGAUUAUUCAUUUCAUAAAUCCGCAAAGAUUCUACGCACUUCGAUCAUAGUGCCCCAGAAGCAGAAAUUUCUGGAAACAUGAUUCUGUCUGACAGUGUAGUACUUCUCGGAGAAGAGAGGGCGUCAGAGGAGUUCCAUUGCGAUCCUCGCUGGGUGAGAAGUGGUCAUCAGAACCCACAUCCCAGAAGGAAAGAGGAUAGCAUACAAGGCUUAAUCAUCCGCAAUGAAGCACAGAGGUAUGCUGAAAAGCAGAAAGAUAUGCUGAUGAUAAGCCAAGUCCAUAACUGGGCUGCCAACUCUAAGAGAUACAUACGCGCUCGCAACAAAGAGAGCGGUAUCUCCAGUUCCUGAACAGAAGGAUGAUGCCGACUGUUUUUAGUCGAUUUGGAGAUAAUCCAAAAUGAAGCAUAAAGGAGAGUAUGGCAUGAGCUCUAUAACCGAGAGAAUCACGACGCGGAUCGUCGUCAAAGACGAAAGAUUCCUUGAACCUGGCGAACACAGUAGCGGAAAGUGA